UCUCCCCAGGGCAGAGCAGAGGGGCAGGAGAACCUCUCUGACCUACUGACCACCCCCUUCUAACCCACCCCAGGUCCCAUUGGCUUCCUGGCCACAAGGGCCAGUGCUGGCUCAUGGUCACCCUGCUGUCCCCAGGACCCCCAGCUCCCUUUCCCCUACACUGCUCUCUAACAGCUCAUUCCCCAACCUGGGGUUGUUCUGCCCAGAUUCAAGACUCUACAUUUGCCCUUGUUAUAUUUUCACCCCCGUAGGGGUGACAGAACUGGCCCGGGGGGCUCCGCUCCAUCCCCGAGCACCCGCAGCUCCGGCACCGACACCUGCCCGGGGCCUCCACCGAACGGGAGCUGAGUCCCGGGCUGGAAACCCGGUGACAUGUCACGGCGGGGCUGGCUCAGGAUGUGGGGCCACCACGGUCAUUUCCUGCCGGGAAGCGGCCACCGAGCCCCCCCCCCGAGCCCCGUGGCUCCCAGAGGCGUCCGAGCCGCCCAACCGAGAGGAUCCCGAGCAGCCGCUUCGCUCCGCCGCCGGUGAGCGACCCGCGCCCUCCCCACCGCGUCCGUCUGUCCGCGCUCCCCCAGGUACCACUGGGGACCCACACUGCCAGGAUGGCCGAGGUGACCACGGCCCCUGCCGAGACGCGCGCCAUCCUGAGCGAGUACGGCGACUACCACAACUGGUCCGAGCUGUUCCACCUCCUCAACCACACCUACACCUUCUGCGAGUUCAGCCUGGAUGAGAACGUCAAGCGGGUGGUCCUCUUCAUCCUUUACCUGGUCAUCUUCGUGGUGGGCUUGGUGGAGAACCUCCUUGUCAUCUGGGUCAACUGGCAGACGCGGGGCAACAAGAGCCUGGUCAACCUCUACAUCAUCAACAUGGCAGUGGCCGACCUGGGGGUGCUGCUCUCGCUGCCCAUCUGGAUGCUGGAGGUGAUGCUGGAUUACACCUGGCUCUGGGGCAGCUUCCUCUGCCGCUUCACCCACUACUUCUACUUCGCCAACAUGUACGCCAGCAUCUUCUUCCUCACCUGCCUGAGCGUGGAUCGCUACGUGUCCCUGACCAGCUCCUCCCUGUUCUGGCGCCGGCACCAGCACCGCGCGCGCCGCGUCAUCUGCACCUGCAGCUGGGUGCUGGCGGCGGCCAUCCCGUUCCUGGAGGUCGCCCACAUGCAGCUGGUCAACACCGGCGAGCCCAUCUGCAUCUUCAUGGCUCCCUUCGAGACCUACGACGAGUGGGCGCUGGCGGUCAGCUUGGCCACCACCACCAUCGGGUUCCUCAUCCCCUUCCCCAUCAUCACCGUCUUCAACGUGCUGACGGCCCGGUUCAUCAGGCGCAGCAAGCCGGAGAGCGGGAAGCACUGCCUGCUCAUCUACGCCUACAUCGCGGUCUUCCUCGUCAGCUGGCUGCCCUUCCACAUCAUGCUGACGCUCCUCACCCUCGACGGCAACCACAUCAUCCUCCACUGCGCCUUCGCCAACUUCCUCUACUUCUUCUACGACAUCAUCGACUGCUUCACGCUGCUGCACUGCGUGCUCAACCCCGUCCUCUACAACUUCCUCAGCAAGAACUUCCGCACCAAGCUCGUCUCCGCCGUGGUCAAGUACAUCCCCAAGGACCAAGGCAGCGCCAAGGGCGCCGGGAGCUCGUCCUCCACCACGCAGCACUCCAUAGUCAUCACCAAGGACAACAACGCUAAUUAAGAGGGGUCGGACUCUCCUGCUCAUCGCUGGGUGGCAGCGGGAUCAUUGUUCCUAGUGAUGAGCUUUUGGACAACAUCUUGGUGGUGGAAUGAGGGGGCGUGGGAGCCGCGGACAUCGCGCCUCCGAUGUGCCGACUCGUUCGGCUACAGAAAGGACGCGAGAAAGAGGUAUUUCUUGUUCUCCAAAAGAGACACUUGUGGUAACGAAGCGCGUUACGCCUGCUCGGAACCUGAACACAAAUCUGGCCCCCAGGACCGGACCUGGGCCGGGACACGCGGUCCUGUCCCGUCACCGCGAGUUUCUCCGCAGCCCCAACUGUCACUUCCAGACGAGCCGGUGAAUCCCGCGAGCAGGAGAGGAAAUUCACCCCUUUGGACGCAAACAGCCCAAAGCCCAAUUCCUGAUCGCACAGAAAUGACGGCGACGUGGCCCCGAGCUGUAACGAGGGGGGGGUCUGAAACGAGUCCAGAUCAAACUAUUCGCGAACUGUAAAUUAGCGAUGCUUAAAACCUCGUUGGACUGGGCGCAGCUGCUUCCCAGUGGGGUUCCCUGUUUGUGGUUUGAGGCAGGUGACACGUCCCACUACACCCGGUGUCCUUUAGAGCUUUGGGCUGCGGGAGGAACCGGAGCAUCCACAGAACGCUCAUCGCUGUCCGGAUCCCGCUCGGCGGGUCGAGCCCCGGGCGGGGGAAAGGGAAACAGCGACAGGCUCUGGAAGGGAGUCCAUAAAUCUACCAAAGAGCCUUGAGCUGCCCAAGAAAACACUUUUCCAGAAAAGUGAAGCAUAAGCAGAUCUGGGGACAGGAUGCCGGGGGGGCAGGAUGUCCCGGCUGCGGGAGAAGCCGCCGUGGGGGGUCAAUGUGGUUGUCACGGGACGGGAACGGCUCUGCAGGGGUGGGUAAAUCUAAACGCUUCAGGGCUCCUUGAGCGCGUGGACGUUCCUUCCCACGCCGGUAGAACGAGCCCAACCUGCCUCUUACCCAAAACAACCCCAAACCGUUCGGGGGACGCGGCGGCAGCUUCGGGCAGACGUGACCCGCGGGUCUGAUCCUCAACACCACUCGUGAUGGGACGCGGGAGAUAAACAGGCGAUAUAACCAGGGCAGCACCAUACGCAAGUUCGAGUUACUUAAAUAUGUAAAAACGUGGUAUUUUACCUAUUAAAUAAUGAUUUUAAGCUCUC